AUGCUGACUCCAGUGAUAUUGGGUGAGUUGGCCCAGGCCCUAAAGACAAUGUACUCCAAUGCUCCGCAAGCAGCUAAAAAGGAAUCCACAGUAUAUUUGGAAUCGUUUCAAAAAUCAGAAGUAGCUUGGGAAGUGUGCCAUCAAAUUUUAAGCGAUGCUUCCAUUGAUGAUACUCGAAUGAAGCUUUUCGCUGCUCAAACAUUACGUUCAAAGGUUACUUAUGAUGUAACUCUGCUCCCAGAAUCAAGUUUCCCAUCUUUACGGUCUUCCCUCCUACAAGUAUUUAUAAUCUACAACAGACGUCAAGAUAAGUUGAUCCGUACACAACUUAGUAUUGCGUUAUCUUUAUUGAUGUUGCAAGAUUUAUCUUGGACCAACGCUACAGAAGAUAUCAUUGACCAUUUAUCGAAUCCAAACCUAGUGCUUUGUUUGUUAGAUUUCCUUAAGAUCCUACCUGAAGAAUUAAGUGAUGUCAAGAGAACAAGUUUAACUGAUGAGGAAUUCAAUGAUAGAACUGCUGAAUUGAUUGAAUCCAAAGUGGAGAAGGUCCUUUUGAUUCUCAAAACUUUAAGUGAAUCAACUUCGGAUUCCCUGAUGAAAUCCUCUAUUUUGGAUUGUCUCAAUAGUUGGAUUAAAGAAUUUCCUAUCUCUGAUUUGUUAUCGAUCGAUUCCUUAACAAAUUUGGUCUUUCAAUCAUUAUUAAGUCCCAACAGUUUUGAUAAAGCAAUUGAAUGUUUGGUAACUAUUUUAAGAGAAACUCGUGAUAUCAAUGACCUUCAACUAAUUGAUGCUCUAUUCCAACAAGUCAUCAAGAUUAACACCUUUAUGCCAAAGGAAAUGACAGAGGAUCCAGAAGUCGUGGAUGGAUUAACUCGUUUAUAUUCAGAAGCUGGUGAAUCAUGGCAUGUUUUGAUAGCCAAAGACCCUAAUCAUUUUAAACCUUUAAUUGACUUAAUACUACAAUGUUGCUCAUAUGAAGAGGAUUUGGAUGUGGUUAAGUAUACAUUCUAUUUCUGGCACUUAUUAAAGCAAUUAGUUACAUUGCCAAAAUUUGAAAAAUCCAAGGCAGAACUCGUGGAUACUUAUUCAAGCUUAAUCACUGUAAUUAUAAAACAUUUAACAUAUCCAACAGAUGCGGAAGAUCAUGAUUUAUUUGAUGGUGAUAAGGAACAAGAAGAUAAAUUCAAAGAAUUCAGAUACGAAAUGGGUGAUCUUCUUAAAGAUUGUUGUGCUGUUGUGGGACCAACAAGAGCACUUAACAUUCCCUUCCAACAAGUUCAAAGUUGCUUAAGAGAUCCUAAUUCUCAAAAGUGGCAAUAUAUUGAAGCCCCAUUAUUUUCCAUGAGAACAAUGGCUAAGGAGGUUCCAUUGACAGAACAAACUAUUUUACCAACCAUUAUGGAGUUCUUAGUUCAAUUACCAGAACAUCCUAAAAUCAGAUAUGCAGCAACCUUAGUACUUGGAAGAUACACCGAAUGGACUUCCAAAAACCCCUCAUUUUUGGAACCUCAGUUACAGUACAUUACAAAGGGGUUUGAAAUGGAUAGUUCCAAAGAGAUUAUAAUGGCAACUUCUCAAACUCUAAUGUAUUUCUGUCAAGAUUGCUCCAAGUACUUAGUAAACUACUUGGAACAGUUAUAUGUUUUGUACGGUCGAGUACAAGAUAAAAUCGAUCUUAGUUCAUCAUAUGAAUUGGCUGAUGGUUUGGGACACGUAAUAAAGCAAGUCCCAAGAGAAAACGUUUACCAAACCUUGGAAAUGUUUUUAAGUCCUCACUUGAAUUAUUUCACAGCAUUAUUAUCGGCCCCUCAAACUGAAGAACUUUGUGUUGAAGUUGCCGACAAGAUUGAAGUCAUUACCAUUUUUGACUCUGUUUUGAGAAGUGCCAAGUUUGAGGAUCCAGAUUAUCCACCUGCAACUUUCUUUAUGGAAAAGAUUUGGCCAUUACUUGAAAAAUUACUUGAAAAGUUUGGUCUGUCAUUGAAGGUUAGUGAAAGAGUAUUAAAAUCAAUCAGAACAGCAAUUCAAUCUUUCAGUACUUACUUGUCUCCUAUACUAAGUAGUCUUGCCUCGUUAUUACAUGAAGGAUUUAAGAAAUCACGAUACGGAUGUUUCCUUUGGGUUACUGGUGCGUUGGUUCGUGAAUUUGGGGAUGAAUACUCUUCUGAAGAUGUUAAGGAAAAUGUUUACAAUUUUGGUCUCAGUCAGGCGCAAACAUUCUUUGAAAUCUUCAAUGCUUACAAGCAAGAAGGUAGAAUCACUGAAAUCAAUGAUGUUGUUGAAGACUUUUUCCGUAUGAUGGACGACUUGUUAAUGUUUUUCCCAUUCAAGUUAAUUGGUAAUAGUGAAUUGUUAUCAUCUCUUAAGGAUGCUGCUGUUGUCACAAUCUCGAGUAUUCGUGAAUUUGAAACAUUAAUUGCUUGUUUACAUUUCAUGAUUGACUUAAUAUCUUGGGGUUUACCAAAUCCGCCUAUUUCUUUCUUUGAUGAGAACCCACACCAAGUUCAAGAACAAAUUAAAGCAUUGCUUAUGACAAGUGGAGUUGAAUUAAUUAAGUGCCUCAUUGAAGGUUUGAUUUUCCUUUUACCAAAUGAUGCUCAACAUGAUGCAAAUGAUCUACUUUUGAAGGUUUUGGUUGUUAUUCCCGACUCUCAACUUGCAAUUGAAUGGCUUGUGCAAGUGGUUAUGUCGUUACCUAAUGUUAGUGAAAAGGAAGUGAACAAAUUGGGUUCUACUAUUUCAGUUGCAUUGCCUAAUAAAGAUAACCGAAGAGUCCGUUCAAGUUUGAAGGAUUUCAUUAGCUGGUACUCGCGAAAAAAUGUCUCCCCAAGAUCUGAGUUUUAA